GGGUGAGAGUCAGCGAAUCAGGAAAGUAGUGGUGAGGAAAGGAGGGUAGAGAACGAAGGCGCUGCAGCUCCAGCAGGGAUUUGGCUAUUUAAAGUCCAGUCACACAAACCUGCAGGACGCAUGAGGACGCAACGGAGCAGGCGGGACACACACUGCUGAAUCCCUUUUUUUUUUUUUGAAAGAAGGGGAACGAAGCGAGAAUAGUGUAUUAACAUCCGGAAACUGAACAAGAAAAUCAGAUUUCCAGUGCCUGGACUUGAGGUCUGCAGGUUUAUUUCGCUAGACAUCGAUGCUAUGGGAGUGAAGAUGCUGCAGUGUUUUCCUUUCUACAGACGCUGUAAAGAGCGCUGCAAGAGUAGGCAGUGCCCCCCAGCAGCAGUUCCCAUUGACGAGAUGAAGCCCCGCCUCUCCUCCACCACAUCCUGGGGCAGUGACAGCGAAGGAGCAGGAAGUCUGAGUCGGGGCUCCCAAAUCUACUUCUCCACAAAGGCCAGGCUGUCGUUUAGACACCAGCUGGACAGCAACAUCAACGCAGUAGACGCCACAUAUUGAGGAGGCUGGGAAGGAGAUAAUUGGACUCCAGAAUCAAAUUUCUCUGUUGCCUGUUCAAACUUGGGACCUGGGAGCCUGAUAGCCGAGCACCUAACAUGAACUGUAGUUUUAACCCUUCUUUGCUUGCUGCCAUAAAAGAAAAACCCUCAAUGAGAGUUUUGAUUCAACGAGGAAAACAGACUGAAAGGGACUUUGUUCUUAACAUGACGUCAACUGGGAGAAGAAAGAGAAGACAAAGAGACUUGUUUGCGGCAUUCAUAGCCAAAAAGUGCACUACUUUUUUUGUUUUCUUAUGGGAAGCGUUCUCUUUUUUUGGGGGGGGAGGAGGGGGAUACCUUUGUGAAGAAAACUGCUAAGUUUUCAAUCCGGCAAUUGUAGGUGUUUCACAAAGCAGGACAAAAGACUCAGCCUUCAAAAGGUAUAAUUAUGUUUAUCUCCAUGUCACCCUGAUCAUUACCAGUCUCCACCCUAAGGGAUGGAAUCAUGUAUCUAAAUCUGAUGUUGACGUUUCUACUGAUCUGACAAAACACAGAACACUCACAGUGAAACAUUAGAAAUUAACCCUAACCCGAGAACAAAUGCAAUACCGUCCUUGUGGAGAAAACAACAGGUUAUAUUUGCAAAGUCAAAGUUUCUCUGCAGCUGAUUUUUUUUUUUGGCUUGCUUGAAUUAAAGCGGCAAAGCAAGACUAGUUUCUCUAAUGCAUUUUGACAAACAUGUUUGACUUCUGCUCACUCGGACUAAUUUCUUAUGUUUGUAUAUUUUUACAAUAAAACAAAAUCUCGGUUUUGUUUGACAUUAAAAUGUAUAUACUGUUUUUUUUUUUUAAAUAAACUGUACCAAGCAGCAGAUGUUUUUUUUAAGGAUGAAAAGGGUUCUGUGUUUGCCUGAGAUAAACUGACAUGAAUGAGAUUCUGAAUGACUGUUAAAAAAGAAAAAACCUGCUGAAAUUGAAAAUGUUUGUACCUUGAUUCAAAAACGACUGUUCCUUUUUCAAACCUACAGUUUGUCUAAUGACCCGUUACUCUUUGCUAACAAAAUAACAAAUGAAUUACACAAACGUA